AUGACUACCUUGCACUACUUGCCUCCUGUGAAGCCUUCGGCUAUCGCCCUGGGUACAUUCUUCACCCACACUGCUUCUCUAGGAAUUCUCACUCCUCUCUUUGGAGACACCUACCACCGGGCUCAGGCCGCUAACUCCAAGGAGGAGUUUCUCAAAUCGAAGGAAGCAGCCGGUGCCGCCGCAGCAUGGGGUAGCUCGCUCGUUGGAAGUGCUGUCCAGACCUACGGCGUGGCUGCAUUGAUCAACGCCACUGGUACUCUGAGCUACAAGGGUGCUGCUUAUUUGGGUACUUUAGUAUUCUUCGCUAGCUCUGCUCCUGGUUUUGUCAGCCAGAUAUUCGCUGAGAAGAGACCACUAGAUACAGUGGCAGUUGGGGCUGUCUCUCGGGUGUUUGAGACAGUCGGACUCAGUCUGUUCUUGACCUGGUGGGGGACCCGCACUCAUCCUUUCGACUAA